AUGGUGAAAGACCGGCCAAGUAAGCCCGUUGAAAAGAAAGGACCCGUGACUCAGGAUUUGAGGUUCAAGUCCGUCCACAAUGACCCGAGAUUCAAGUUCCCCAAUUUCAGAAAUUUAAAAGUCAAGGUAGAUGACAGGUUCAGUCGUAAGGAGUUGAAGAAGUUGAGUGAGAAUGCCCUGGGGAAGCAGGUAAAGAUAGACAAGUAUGGAAGAAGGCUCAAUGAAGGAGCUAGUGAUUUGAACAAAUUUUACGAGUACGAAGACGAGCAAGAUGAGGAGCAAGAUGAGGAGCAAGACGAUGGGGAAGACGAUGAGGAGGAAGAAGAAGAGUCCGAAGAGGAGUCCGAUGAGGAGUCCGAUGAGGAAGAGCCUGAGGUUGAGAGUAAGGGCAAAGAUAAAGUUAAUAAACUGAAGCAGAAGCUAGAUGCAUUGGAGGAGCAGCUCAGACUCGAAGAAGCUCAAUUAGACAAAGCACGUGGAGAGGGCCUCUCGAGUUCUUCCGAAGACGACGAUUCGGCAAGCUCUUCCGACGAGGAAGAACCCAGCGUCAACUUUGAGGAGUCUGACUCUGAAAUCGAGAUUGAAGAAAGCAAGCCAGAUGAAUCUGAGCCGACUAGCUCCUUUGCUGUUGUCAAUAUGGACUGGGACAACCUUCGAGCCGAAGACUUGAUGGCCACGUUCUCGUCCUUUGUGCCAAAGGGAGGCAGGAUCAACUCGGUCACAAUAUACCCUUCCGAGUUUGGCAAGGAAAGAAUGCAGAAGGAGGAGAUUGAAGGGCCAAGUCGAGAACUAUUCAAAAGCAAGAAGAAAGCAAACAAACUGGAUGAUGACGAUGACGACGACGAUGAAUCAGAUUUGGAUUCGGACGUCGACAUAACUGAUGCUCGGAAGUUGGAGAGAGUCACGAGAAAAUUGUAUAACCAAGACGAUGGAAAAGAAGACUAUGACAGCAAGGCAUUGCGUCGUUACCAGUUGCAAAGACUAAGGUACUACUAUGCUGUCGUCGAUUGCGACUCUGUCCACACGUCGCAAAGCAUAUACCUGAAAGUAGAUGGAACGGAGUACGAGUCCACUGCCAAUAUGUUUGACUUACGAUAUAUCCCCGAGGACAUGACUUUUGACGCCGACGAGGCAAAGGACAAAUGUGUCAAAGUCCUGGCACACUACCGUCCCGAUUCGCGAUUCGUGACUGACGCUUUGCAACACUCAAAAGUAAAGUUGACCUGGGAUGAGACACCAAAGGAACGGUUAACGUUGUCGUCGAGGCCGUUGUCGCAAAAGGAAAUAGAAGAAAAUGACUUUAAGGCUUAUCUUGCUAGUGAUUCCGACGAGGAUGAUGAAGGGGACAAAGACCAAGCAAAGGACAGUUUGAAGAGCAAGUAUCAGAGCUUAUUUGGAGACACGUUUCAAAGAUUCGGAAAGGAGCAUCGUGGUGGUAAUGGUGAUGAUGAUGAUGAUGACGACGUGGAUAUGGAAAUAACAUUUGACCCUGGUUUGAAAGAUGGAAAGGACGCCGAUACCGGCGAUGAGAAGACUGAAGAGUCCACGAUUGACGCUUACAAGCGGAAGGAGAAGGAGCGAAGACAAAGGCGACUCAAUAAGUUCAAGGAGUCGAAAGAAGCCAGAGAAAAAGAUGAGGGUGAAGAUGCGGAUGAGGAUGGUUUGGAAGAUGCCAAACAGGAAAGGUCCAAAAAACCAUCCAAGAAAAAGAAGGGGAACACUCUUGAUGACAAGCAGAAAGCAGAGUUGGAGCUCGUGCUCAUGGACAGUGAACUGCAAAAUGACCAUUUCAAUAUGAGAGACGUGUUGAAACAAGAAAAAUCCAAUAAGAAGAACAAGAACCAAAGAAAGAAGUUUGAUGAUGAAAUGACUCAAGACAAAUUUGAAGCCAACUUGAAUGAUCCAAGAUUCAAGGAAAUCUUUGAGAAUCACGAUUUUGCAAUCGAUCCCACGAGCAGCGAAUUCAAGCAGACCGAAACCAUGAAGAAAAUUCUUCAAGAGCGAGCCAACCGUAACAAAAACUCGGGGCUUAAGAAUGAGAAUAGUAGCGGCAAGAGUCUGAACUCAAGUAAGAAAAGAAAGAGAGCAGACAACGAUUCUGACCAUGUAAAGUCGCUUGCUGCAAAGUUGAAAAAGAGAAGUAAAAGCACUAAAUAG